GGCCCCGUCGCACCUGCCCCUGCCCCUGGCCCCGAACUCUGUGCUCGGGCCUAUAUUCGGAGAGAGCCUAGCCAAGUUCUGGGCAUACUAACGGCGUCGUCAAAGUUAGCCAUGUCUGUACAUGUGAUGCAAGACAUAAGAGCAAUAGCAGCUGUCGAAUGCGCCACGAAGGAGUCGGUGGCAGGGCCGUGUCACAGGCUACGAGGCCCCGAGGCCCAACUCCGCCGCGCCCAUCUAGCACAGGCUUAUAAUGCCGAGGCACCUUAUAUAUGUAGCUGGCUCCAGCCCCUGUUUUCAGCUUCUUGAACCAAAGCCCCGUCGCACCCAAUCAACUGUAUAUGAACAGCAGCAGCUAUGAACAGCCAAAUCAAGUCUCUCUUGGAUUUGGUCAUGGGGAAGUCGCGGAUGGGGAAUACAGUGUAUUCAAAGGAGUGGAAUUGCUCGCUGACCUGAGGAUGUAUAAAGCUCUCUUCCUCCCCGAGGUGAGUGAUUACAUAGCCGGCUCAGGACCUAAGACCGUUGCACUAGUGAAGUCAGUCGACGAAAGUGAAUUCGUUAAGGGCUCCAGGAAGAAGCCCGACUAGCACAGCUAUCGAUGCAGGUCGGCGUCUACGAGCUAGACAACGAUCCUGGUAAGGUGAAGAACACUUUGUUGUGUAUCAACUAGUAAGGUAAUAUUGUGUUGGAUUACUGCACUUCAGGAUUUUUACUGGCUUCAAUUGAUUGUCUUCU